AUGAUUCCUGGACUCCAUGCAAUUGUACCGCCAAUGAAGAACCUGCAGCAGGGACAGUGGUCUCCAGGAGGUUGUGGCAUCAUCUUCAUGCAUGGACACUGUGGAACUGGAUCAGGUGCAACCAAGUCUUCAAGGCAGCAAAGACUACCUCUGUCAGAAAACAGUGCUACAGUAUCCUGCAAAGGGGGUGCUGCAGACAAAAUGGCCAAUGUGAGGCACUGCCUCUGGCAAGUUGGCAGCCAGGUCGCAUCUAGCAGGAUCGUAGUGCCAGUGCCUGCUUUUGUGGGGAUCCAAGGAUGGAUGGGACACUGCAAAGCUGCCACUUCGAGUCUCAAUGAAGCCACAGGUGGCAUACAGAGCGAGGUGGUGCUGAAAUUGAAUGGAUGGAAGCAGAAUCUUGAGAAUGCAACUGGUGAAGGCAGCUCGUUUGCCAUCUUUGUGGAGGCUCUGCAAGUGUGGUUCACUUUAGCAAUGAUGAAGGACAGAUCAAGACAGACCCAUUCCAAUUUCCAAAAUCCCCAAUGCAGAAUUUGUUGGGGAAACCAUAGAUGCACACACUGGCAGACAGAGGGUACAAUGCAUCACAUGGCUCUGGCAUGGGCAAGGUCUUGUAGACGAGCAAGUGUGAAUGUCUUUGGUCUGGAAGGCUUGGAUGUUGGGCAACAGUUGCCCAUUCAAUCAUGUGGCAAAGAGAGGUGGGGAAGCACUCCCAUUGUUGGCCCAGGAGCUCAUGAAUAG